CUCGUGGCGUUGUGGUGAAGGAAGCUCCACGUCAGUGAGUUCGGCGUAGCGUCUGAGUCUCUGACUUGGUUAAUAUUGCAUUGAAACAUCUGUUUGGGAUACAGUAAAUAUGCCUUUGAGACUAGAUAUUAAGCGGAAGCUCACAGCUCGGUCUGACCGAGUGAAGAGUGUGGACCUGCACCCAACAGAGCCCUGGAUGUUAGCCAGCCUUUAUAAUGGCAGUGUCUGUGUGUGGAACCAUGAAAGCCAGACUCUUGUGAAGACAUUUGAGGUGUGCGAUUUGCCGGUAAGAGCCUCCAAAUUUGUCGCCAGAAAGAAUUGGGUCAUCACUGGAGCGGAUGACAUGCAGAUUCGAGUUUUCAACUACAACACCUUGGAGAGAGUUCACAUGUUCGAAGCACACUCCGAUUAUAUCCGAUGCAUAGCAGUGCAUCCCACACAGCCAUACAUUCUAACCAGCAGUGAUGACAUGCUUAUCAAGCUUUGGGACUGGGAGAAAAAGUGGACCUGUAGCCAAGUGUUUGAGGGCCAUACACAUUAUGUUAUGCAAAUUGUCAUCAACCCCAAAGACAACAACCAGUUUGCCAGUGCCUCUCUAGACAGGACAAUUAAGGUGUGGCAGCUUGGCUCAUCCUCGCCAAACUUCACAUUAGAAGGUCAUGAAAAGGGAGUGAACUGCAUUGAUUAUUACAGUGGAGGUGACAAACCUUACCUCAUUUCAGGAGCUGAUGAUCGAUUAGUGAAAAUUUGGGACUACCAGAACAAGACCUGUGUGCAAACAUUAGAAGGACAUGCUCAGAACGUAUCAUGUGUCAGCUUUCAUCCUGAGCUCCCCAUCAUCAUCACCGGCUCAGAAGACGGCACUGUUCGUAUCUGGCAUUCAAGCACAUACCGCCUGGAGAGCACGCUGAACUAUGGCAUGGAGAGGGUGUGGUGUGUGGCCAGCCUACGGGGUUCCAACAACGUGGCACUGGGGUACGAUGAAGGCAGCAUUAUCAUUAAGCUUGGUCGCGAGGAGCCUGCUAUGUCCAUGGAUGCUAAUGGAAAGAUCAUUUGGGCUAAACACUCUGAGGUCCAGCAGGCUAAUCUGAAAGCCAUGGGUGAUGCUGAAAUUAAGGAUGGAGAGCGGCUGCCUUUGGCUGUGAAAGACAUGGGAAGCUGUGAGAUCUACCCACAGACGAUCCAGCACAACCCCAAUGGCAGAUUUGUUGUGGUAUGUGGAGAUGGGGAAUACAUCAUUUAUACUGCCAUGGCAUUGAGAAACAAGAGCUUCGGGUCUGCACAAGAGUUUGUCUGGGCACACGAUUCCUCUGAGUACGCAAUUAGGGAAAGCAGCAGCGUUGUGAAGAUCUUUAAAAACUUCAAAGAAAAGAAGUCUUUCAAACCAGAUUUUGGAGCAGAAGGUAUCUAUGGCGGGUUCUUGUUGGGAGUCAGAUCUGUUAAUGGUUUGGCUUUUUAUGAUUGGGAUAACACAGAACUGAUCCGCCGAAUUGAAAUCCAGCCUAAACAUAUUUUCUGGUCCGACUCUGGUGAGCUGGUCUGCAUUGCUACAGAGGAGUCAUUUUUCAUUCUGAAAUACCUGGGAGAGAAGGUGGCAGCAGCGCAGGAAUCAAAUGAGGGCAUAACUGAAGACGGCAUUGAGGAUGCCUUUGAGGUUCAAGGCGAAAUCCAGGAAAUUGUCAAGACGGGGUUGUGGGUCGGAGACUGCUUCAUCUACACCAGCUCUGUAAACCGGCUGAAUUACUUUGUUGGUGGAGAAAUUGUUACCAUUGCUCACUUGGACAGGACUAUGUAUCUUUUGGGUUAUAUCCCCAAAGAUAACCGGCUAUACCUGGGUGAUAAAGAGUUGAACAUUGUCAGUUAUUCCCUGCUGGUCUCUGUGCUAGAAUACCAGACUGCAGUGAUGAGGAGAGACUUUGGUAUGGCAGAUAAGGUUCUUCCUACAAUUCCAAAAGAACAGAGGACCAGAGUGGCACACUUUCUAGAAAAACAGGGUUUCAAACCGCAAGCCCUUGCAGUAUCUUCAGAUCCGGAGCAUCGCUUUGAACUGGCUCUGCAGCUUGGGGAGCUGAAGAUCGCAUAUCAGCUGGCAGUUGAAGCAGAAUCGGAGCAAAAGUGGAAGCAGCUAGCCGAGCUUGCCAUCAGUAAGUGUCAGUUUGGCCUUGCCCAGGAAUGCCUUCACCACGCGCAGGACUACGGUGGUCUUCUGUUGCUGGCCACUGCCUCUGGUAAUGCCACCAUGGUCAACAAACUUGCUGAGGCGGCUGAAAAGGAUGGCAAGAAUAACGUUGCUUUUAUGACCUACUUCUUGCAGGGAAAACUCGACCACUGUCUGGAACUGUUGAUUCGUACAGGACGUCUUCCUGAAGCUGCCUUUCUCGCUCGUACCUACCUUCCAAGUCAGGUGUCAAGGGUUGUAAAACUGUGGCGAGAGAGUCUUUCCAAAGUGAACCAGAAAGCUGCAGAGUCUUUGGCUGAUCCCACUGAAUAUGGAAACCUGUUCCCAGGGUUGAAAGAAGCAUUCGUGGCGGAACAGUUCAUUAAGGAAACUAGUCUUGGAAAGUUGAGACCGGCUGCGGAAUACCCACUAGUUACUAUGAACGAAGAGAGAAAUGUAUUGGAAGAAGCAAAAGGUUAUGAGCCAAAAGGAACAGUUCUGUCACAGGAGAAUGUUCCGAAGGUGGAAAUGGCAGAAGCCGCAUUUCCAGAACCGUCGUUCAUGAUACAAGCCCCUGCACCUAAACCCGGCCCCACAUCAACUCCCACAGAACCCACUCCAGACAAACCUGAAAAGACUUUGAAUGAAGAAUUUGAGGAAGACUUGGAUAACUUGGAUCUGGAAGACAUUGACACAACAGACGUAAACCUGGAUGAUGAUUUCCUAGAUGACUAAAUUUAAGAUAGCAUUAUUAUUAUUUAAGUGACCAAACUCAUUGUAUUGUUAAUGUUCAUGUUAUGUACUCGCUGAAAGAGAAGAAAAAAGAAAAAAUAGCACUGUAGACAGUUAAGAUUGCAAUAGCUGGUGCCCUAAAGAAUUUUAUACUUCAUACAAAGAAUUUGUGUGGCACAAGCAACUGCAAAGCAUCCGUUGCAUAUUAGGCAAUGCAAGUGUGCUCUAGUUUGAUUACUUCAAAUAGUCAUUCAUGUGCUGUAUUAACUCAAAAUAAAUCUCUCAAUUCA